CCUACCUUGAUAUCCAGAAAGGACACGUGCACAUCUUCCACAAUCCAAGGUCGGAGCCGAGAUUUGCAAAAAUAAACUAUGCAGGGCAUUAUUUCCCUCAUCCUUUUGCAUUUAUCACUCGCGCUCUCUCCAACCCAUGCGAAGGAAGACGCUAGAUAUGACCCGUCAUCGAACCUCAGGCCCACGAAUGUGUCGGACUUGACGUAUUGGCUUUAUGCCUGGGUUGGAUCAUACUACAAUGGCACAACAACAUUCAAAUUUACACCUCUGUACGAAGACUACGAGAAUGACGUUUGCACGAGAUUCCGGGGACAAAAUAUCACCUUUGGAUACGACUCGCUGCUUGCAAUCACUGAGACAAACCCGGACGCCGACACUGAGAAUCCAGUGAGAGUGUUCCUGAGAGCGUGGCGGCCAACCUUUAAUCUCACUCCGCCUUACCACUGGUCCGGGACGUCGAUGCAAAGUGGUUUAGAGUGGCAAUUCUAUACCGAUGAGCUCAAUGAUGAACCUAAAGACGGCCGGGAUACCGUAUAUUGGAAUCUCUCCAUGGCCGAAUCCUUUAGUCAACCAUACUACAUCUCAGGAUCGACAAAUGAUGCGGCAGGCAAUGUUGGCAAUAUGCAGUAUAAUAUGAGCUCUUGCAAUGUGACCGCGGACACAUGGUGGGGCAUCUCCUUCUGGGACCACGUCAAUGGAAUAGGACUCGACGAGAAGGUUACAGAUCCCCAAAUUAUCCUCAAGUUUCAUAACGAGUCAGCUAGCUUCACGUACCAGGGCUGGUUCUCGAUGAAUACCGAUCCCGGCAACGAUAUGCUCUAUAACGGAGACCCGGAGAGGAAUAUCCUUCAGGGUCUGGUCACUGUUGAUUUCCUGGGUAGUAUUGAUGUGGAACGGUCCGAUGUGUUGAAUAAUGGUGAGAAGCCUAGCUGGACACGAAGCGUGGGAUUCGGAAACUAUUCUCUAAAUCUGGGGUAUAACUCAUCCAACGACUCCUCACCCGAUGGCCCCUCAUCCAACGGCUCCUCAUCCGCAAAAAUAGGUAACGCUGGUACAAACCAGCUGGGAAUGUCGCUUGUCUGGUGUAUCUUCAGUCUGUUCAUUGCUUUUGCACAGAUGUUUUGAUGGGGUCAAUUCUUUAAGACGAGACCAUCAAGCUCUCUGGUAAGGUUAGGAUUUCAAGGUUUGGGAAUUUUGGGGCUAAAGAACCAUUCCUUACUGUACCACAUGCAAC